CGUAGAAAUGGUUUGUAAUUGGUUUUCUUCUGAGGAUUAGAGUUAAUACGGAUUAUGAUUCAUGCGCUAAGCCACACUGGGAUUAGCCGACAUGUGUAUGUUUUAAGGAAAUUCGGUUCAUUAUUAACUUGUGGAUUGAUUCUAUGAUGGAUUUAAGGCACUUGGGAAUCUUCAAGGCGUGUCCGCUUUCAAGCACACAACAACCACAAUGUACUUGAAGCAAGACUCUCCUGAAACCGAGUAACGUAAUCGUAUGGUGUCGGUCAUUUCCGUGCAUAAAUUAACCGAGGGUGUUCCGAAUGCAGUGGGGCGUAGUCGGAUGGCAUGGGAGCUCGCAGCUGUGAGCGUGGGACUCGUGCCUAGAAACAAACAACAGAAGACACCUAACAAAUACAACUCAAGCGGCUGUUUUUCUGUUUCUCUGACUGGAGAUUCGCCUUCAAUGGUUGUUUCCGCCGCGCUCCCACCGACCGUUGAUGUUUUGACUAUGCAAAGAAUUACGGUAGUGCCGACCGGGAGAGGAGUCAGCUGCCGCCCUCCGCGGCCGCCAUGUUGGAGGGACUUCAUGCCGUCCGGCUCCGCCUCGGAGUGCGAGUUUACCGACAUCGGGAAAGUUACCCGGAGUGCGCCCGAGAGCUUAAGCUCCAAUUAUCAAAUAACAUCAAAAACAAAUAAGCCCAAACGUGUGCGGGCAAAGUUACACCGAACCCACAGUCAAUUCGCGAUCGACGAAUGCGAUCUUCCGGCGGAUGAUUUAACCGUGACCCUGGCGGACACAACACCGGUUGACAUCGGACUCGUUAGAGAGAGCUCGUUUAACGAGCAAAUCGAACAGGAAGAUAAUAACCGGAAGUGCCAAAGUUGGCUGAACAAUAUCGAGGCCAGCCAACCGCUCGAAGACGUUAGUUGUUAUAAGUUGUGUGACCACGAAGGUGAGGCCAUAUCUAUCGAAGUUCCGGAUGACACGAAUACAUAUUUUCAUGAACACUCGGACGAACAGUCGACUUCCAGUGGUAGCAAUAAACAUAUAACUGUUCCAAAUAACAAGACGAACAAUGAAACGUAUAGUUACGAACGCUUGAACGAAAACGUAACGUGGAUGCAUUCCAAUGACGUCAGAGUGAAACAUACGUCGUCUUUUAAAGGAGAAGAAAUCAUUAACACGGGAUAACAAGUCAUUGAAAAGGGACUGAUUGCUCAGAACUUUGUUACAGUUAACAACGUGAUUAACGACAUCGUUGUUAACUUCUAAAAGUGAAAUAUUUGAUAAGGUGCUCGCAUAUAUGGAUAUAGAUAUAAAUAUAUACAUAAUAAACAGUUGAUUCAAAUCGUGUUAGAAUAUAUCAUAUCACAAGUGUAUCCAUUUAACUGCUAUAGCUGUAACGAUUUUAAAGUUAACAACGACGAAGUUAACAACGUUGUUAACUGUUACAAAAUUCGGAACAAUCAGAGUCCCUUAUUGAAAUAUUGUUAUUUGAUUGAUUAAUUAUUGUCAUGUUUUAUACGUAAUGAAAAUGUAUGUUCAAAUUAGCAACUAUUCAAUAUGUGUGCAAUCGUUGUUUUGCCAUAAAUAUUACAAUACAUAAUAAUAUAUUAUUCGAUCUUAUUCUCUAUAUGUUUCCACGAAGUUAACCAUUCCAUAUUUUAUCGAACGUAUUUUAAACGCUUAAUACAUGGGCAUGACCAUCUAAGUUAUGGUUAAACUUGUUAGUAUAUAUGUACUAACAGA